ACUGAAAAGCGACCUCCUAACUCCCCUCCCUACCCUCGGAAAACAUAUCGUUAUGGUCAUCUCCAAUCCUCAAGGCCGGGUUCAAGUCUGCUCUCCUGUACCGGGGGAUAUUCAGUUAGACAUCCUGGCGACCAUUCGCAUCAAGGAUCCACAAACUGCAGCGGCCUCCUUGACCAGGGACGCAGUUCAGUCGUUUCUCCAGCGGUCCAGACUCGUGCAGCGCUUCGGCUCUCGUGUCCCUCCCUCCCCUGUUGAAAGCAAGGUGCGAGAGACCAUUCACUCUUGGAAUCUCGGCGUCCUCGAGGAUAUUCUUGAGAAAUCUAUCGCAAAUGGACUCGGUAUAGGCUUCAUGAGCUAUCAACACGCGUCGUAUGAGCUUCAGGUCGUUAUAUCGCUCUUUACAGCUUGUAAUUUUCUAUUCGAUGACUGUGUCGUUCCUCCAGAGGCGCUACAACAGUUCGGCCGAAGGUUUUACAGGCAACUUCCCCAGCUACAUCCCGUCUUGGACAAAUUCAUUGAAAUGGCUGUAGCCCUAGGUGACUACUACCCAUUAUACUCCGCGGAUAUGAUAUGUGCAGGGACGCUUCAGUAUGGCAGCGAGGAGAUACUUCUCUCAGAGCGGUCUGAUCUAAGCACGCUGCAACCUGGUGCAACAGAGUACAUUGAAUACUCUAGACUGAAAGGCGGCAUUCCUGAACCGUUCGCAUAUUGCGCAUGGCCCAGCUCCAUCUGCCCAGAUGUCAACGAGUACAUUUCAAGCUAUUCCCGAAGCCUUGGUAUUCACCAACUUUAUCUACGAUGUCUUUUCCUUUUAUAAGGAAUCGAUUGCAGAUGAUACGACGAACUACGUCCAUCAGUACGCUCGCGUGCAUGACAAGACCAUCGCGGAAGCCUUGCAUGAUACCACGGAAAGGCUAAUCGCCGCUGUAGAGAAGGUCCGAGUGAUACUUGGAGAGGACCCCGCGAGAGAAGCUUGGGAGAGUUAUGCAGCGGGAUUGACCCAGUUUCAUCUCUACUGUCCCCGCUACAGGCUGGCUGAGGUUGUUCCAGAGUAUUUCUGAUCGACUGCUCUGGCUUACGCUUUAAACUAGAUGCUAACAUCUAUUUGUAUGAUUAGUAUUGUAUUGUGCGUUCUUGAUUCUGUGGAAGAGCCGCAUCUCUUAUCUAUCUUCGCAUAUUCUCGGAUUUGUGGCGAACGAAUGUAUAUCCGAGUGGUCCAUGGAUAUCGAUGAAUGUUUGAUAUGACGGCGCCACGCUUCGUUUUCCUGACCC